AAGGCCCCAGGGCCGAGAUCGCCCAGCGCGCUGCUCGUCUGGCCUGGGGCAAGCGGCACGUGCCUGCUGGUUGCCAGUGACCUUGGGUCUGGGCACUGUCCUUCUCUCCCUCGGGGUGCCUAAGUUCACCCUCCCUCCAGUGCCAGGCUGGUACACCGCCGCGGGUCGGGCCGCACCCUGGACUGGGAGGAGUCGUGCUCUGAAACCCGCCACCUCGCAGCUCUGUCGCCCCCCAGCGGCCAGAGGGCGCAAACACAGUCUCUCGGGUCGGAUCCUGCCAGGCGUACCACCCACCCCGCCAAGUCGUCAAUCGGCACAGGGCGCACGCGCCACAGCCCAGGGCCGGAAGCUACAGGCUGACUUCCGACUCGAAAUGCCGCGGGAGCCUAUCGGAAGCCUUGGAGGCGGAGCCACAGGCCUCUGCCCUAUGGCCGCUUGGGGGCGUGACAGAAUCGCUGAGGAGCCCAAUGAAGUUGUGGGAGGCGGGGCCUUCCGGGCUGUGGGAACCAGUCCGGGUGCGGAAUCUUGCGAGACGGCUGGGCUUUCGUCGCCACGUGAGUUCUGCCGCUGCGACUGCUCCGGACACCGUAGGCAGCAUGUCGUCCACAGCAGUGGCUCGCAAGCGGGGAAAGCCCACCUCGGGGGCCGGGGCUGGUGCAGUGGCCAGCAAGCGGCGACGGAAGACCGAUUCUGUCGGGGCCAAGGGCAAAGCCAAAGGUGGAGGCAAGAUGAAUGAGGAGAUCUCCAGCGAUUCCGAGAGCGAGAGCCUGCCUCCACGGAAGGCGGAGGGGGAGGAGGAAGAGGAGGAGCUGGAAGAGACUGUGCAGGAGAAGAAGCUCCGCCUGGCCAAGCUCUACCUUGAGCAGCUCAAGCAGCAAGAGGAGGAGAAGGCUGAGGCCCGAGCCUUUGAAGAGGACCAGGUGGCUGGGCGUCUGAAGGAGGAUGUGCUUGAGCAGAGGGGGCGGCUGCAGAAGUCGGUGGCAAAGGAGAUCCAGGCCCCAGCCCAGGCCGACAUCCGCGUCCUGCGGGGCCACCAGCUCUCCAUCACUUGUUUGGUCAUCACCCCUGACGACUCGGCCGUUUUCUCUGCCGCUAAGGAUUGCACCAUUGUGAAGUGGAGCAUCGAGAGCGGACGCAAGCUGCAUGUGAUCCCUCGAGCCAAGAAGGACGCGGAGGGGAAGCCCCGCGGCCACAGCAGCCACGUCCUCUGCAUGGCCAUCUCCUCUGAUGGCAAGUACCUCGCCUCGGGCGACCGAAGCAAGCUCAUCCUCAUUUGGGAGGCUGAGAGCUGCCAGCACCUGUAUACCUUCACGGGACACCGGGACUCCGUGUCGGGGCUGGCGUUCCGCAGGGGCACCCACCAGCUCUUCAGCACGUCCCACGACCGCUCCGUGAAGGUGUGGAACGUGGCCGAGAACGCCUAUGUGGAGACCCUGGGCUCCAUCGACUGCCUCCAGCUCAUCAACGAGGAGCACAUGGUGUCGGGCGCUGAUGACGGUUCCGUGGCCGUGUGGGGCCUCUCCAAGAAGCGGCCGCUUGCCCUGCAGCGCGAGGCCCACGGGCUGCGCGGGGAGCCGGGUCUGGAGCAGCCCUUCUGGGUGUCCGCGGUGGCAGCGCUGCCCAACACAGACCUCGUGGCCACAGGCUCCCACAGUUCCUGCGUGCGGCUCUGGCAGUGUGGGGAGGGCUUCCGGCGCCUGGCCCCCCUCUGCGACAUCCCCCUGGUGGGCUUCAUUAACAGCCUUAAGUUCUCAAGCACCGGGGACUUCCUGGUGGCGGGGGUCGGACAGGAGCACAGACUCGGCCGGUGGUGGCGGGUCAAAGAGGCUCGGAACUCUGUCUGUAUCAUCCCCCUGCGCAGGGUGCCCGCGUCCCCUGCCGCCGGCUCCUGACUCCCUGUUAUUUAAUCCCCCCAGGCCCUACCCGGCUUGCUUUGUAUUAAAAACCUUCCCCUUUGGA